AUGUCUUCAUCAUAUCUCCCAGCAACCACCGAUUCCCUUGUUCAGGCUUCAGAAGCCAAAACCCCGUCUGAGGCCAUCUCUAUCCUUUAUCGCAUACUUGAUGGACCUUCAUCUUCUUCCGAAGCCCUACGAAUAAAAGAACAAGCAAUUUCUAACCUCUCUGACCUUCUUAGACAAGAGAACAAGGCAGAUGAACUUCAAAACCUUCUGACCCAAUUGCGGCCCUUCUUUUCCUUGAUCCCAAAGGCAAAAACUGCUAAAAUAGUUCGUGGUAUUAUUGAUGCAGUUGCUAAAAUUCCAGGCACAUCUGAUCUCCAGAUCUCUCUUUGCAAAGAAAUAGUGCAGUGGACUCGUUCUGAGAAGCGAACUUUUCUUCGUCAACGAAUUGAGGCAAGGCUUGCUGCUCUUUUAAUGGAAAGCAAGGAGUACUCUGAAGCAUUGACCCUCCUUUCGGUCCUGAUCAAGGAGGUGAGAAGAUUAGAUGACAAGCUGCUUCUUGUGGAGAUAGACUUGUUGGAGAGCAAGCUCCAUUUCUCUCUGAGAAAUCUUCCGAAAGCCAAGGCUGCACUUACUGCAGCAAGAACAGCAGCCAAUGCUAUUUAUGUGCCUCCGGCUCAGCAGGGCACCAUAGAUUUGCAGAGCGGGAUUCUGCAUGCAGAAGAGAAGGAUUAUAAAACUGGUUACAGCUAUUUCUUUGAAGCGUUUGAAGCUUUCAAUGCUCUUGAAGAUCCCCAAGCCAUAUAUAGCCUCAAGUAUAUGUUGUUGUGCAAAAUCAUGGUGAGCCAGGCUGAUGACGUAGCAGGAAUAAUAUCAUCACCCAAGGUUGGAUUGCAAUAUCAGGGGCCAGAACUUGAUGCAAUGAAAGCCGUUGCUGAUGCUCAUUCAAAACGCUCUUUGAAGCUCUUCGAGAUUGCUCUCCGCAAUUUUAGGGCCCAGCUAGAGGAAGACCCUAUUGUCCACAGGCACCUCUCUUCCCUCUAUGACACACUGCUUGAGCAGAAUCUUUGCAGGUUGAUUGAGCCUUUCUCGAGGGUUGAGAUUGCCCAUAUUGCUGAGUUAAUUGAAUUGCCUGCCGAUCAUGUGGAGAAGAAAUUAUCUCAGAUGAUCCUGGAUAAGAAGUUUGCUGGGACUUUAGACCAAGGUGCUGGAUGCCUCAUCAUUUUUGAAGAUCCAAAGACAGAUGCGAUCUACCCAGCAACAUUGGAGACCAUUGCAAAUAUGGGCAAGGUCGUUGAUAGCCUCUAUGUGAGGUCUGCCAAAAUAAUGGCUUGA